AUGUAUAAAGUGUUACGUUCCUACUCCAAGAAGGCGGAACGUAAACAUGAAUUGACUCGAUCAACUGGUAAUACCGCUGAAAAAAUUAACGGUUAUUCGGCAGCUGAUGGUACUGCUUCAUCUACUAUCCACAGUUUAUCACCAUCUUAUGGAGGAGGUGGUGGCACGAUCAUGGAAGAUGUUCGUAACGGCCAAGUUGUUCCCAUAGAUAGAAAUGGACGCAUUGAACCUGCAUGGCCUAGUGGACAAGCAUUCUCGGAGAGUUCUUCUUAUGAAGCACGAGAACAUUUCGAGCGUAAAGUUCAGCGUGUCAAGAAAACACGCGGUGAACGAGACAGUAAUCGAAAAUCGAAAAAGAGCAAAGUGUCAGAAGUACUGUCAAGCAUAGACGGUGUUUCAGCACGAGAUGCCCUACUGCAGUGGGCACAAGAUGUUACACGCGGAUAUCCGGGUGUUAAUGUUCGCAACUUUACCAGUAGUUGGAGAGAUGGUUUAGCCUUCAAUGCUAUCCUUCAUCGUUAUCGACCAAAUAUUAUACAGUGGAAUAAAAUAAUUGGCGAAAGUGUAUCAGCUCGCGAUCGUCUGAACAAUGCAUUUGCAGCAGCUGAAAGUGAAUUCGGUGUUUCCAGACUGCUGGAUGCAGAAGAUGUUGAUGUUGAUGUACCAGAUGAGAAGAGUAUCAUCACCUAUGUUUCUUCGCUUUACAACGCUUUACCGCAUACUAGUGAAUUGAGUAAAUAUGAGGAUGUCAUGUAUGAAUACGAACGUGAAGCGGCGGAAUGGUUACAUUGGAUAGAGCGGGCUACCCGUCUAAUGGACGAUCGUCAAUUGCCAACAAAUCUGGGAGAGUUACGCCGAUUAGAACAUGACUUGGAACGAUUCAAAUCAGAAGAUUUACCACCGAAAGCACGCGAAAAACAGCGUUUAGCGGAUCAUUAUGCCGAACUUCAUCAGCUUUUCGAGCGUACCGAACAUUUGCAUAUUCCUACAGAGCUAAGCACUCAGAGUCUGGAUCGAUCUUGGCAACGAUUACUUCGUUCACUCAACGAACGAUUCAGCUUAAUUGAAGAACAAGCCGGAGUUCAGGGUUCGACAACCGAUAUUAUUAGUCGCUUGGCGCGUGGAAUUGGAAUAACGAAUGAAAAAUUGGAUUAUAUUUUGAACAGAAUUGAAGAUGCUGAAUCACGAAUUGAUACGUCACGACCAGUAGAUUUGCAGCGCCUUAUUGAUGGAAUUAUUGAUGAUCUUGUAGCACUGGAAGCAUCAAUUAGUUCAUUUUUUGAGGAUGUAGACCAACUUAAACGUUUGCGUCAUCCCGAAGCAAAUGAUUAUUAUCAACAGGUAUAUGGAUUAGAACAGCGUCGUCAGGCUUACCUUUCGAGAUUACGUACACAAUUUGUGACACGUCUUGGCAUUCGAACGGAACAACUGAUGCGAGAGAAUGAGCAACGGCGUGAAUCGAUACGUCGUACGACGUAUGGACGCGUAGAAGAUUGCAUACAGUGGGUUCGUUCACGGCUGGAGAAGUUAUCGGAGAUGGAAUUUGUCGAAGAUUUGGAGCAGCUGGAGAGCAUGUUUGAAGAACAUAAAGUUGACAACCACGAAAUACAGGACUUUCGACAGAAUGUUGAUGAAUGUAUCGCUAGACAGGCAGAGAUAUCUGCGGAAGAUACCCAUGAGUACUGCGAAUUACUUAGUAUAUUGGAAAGCGAAUAUCAGCAGUUGCGGGAUUUGUCAGCUGGACGUAUGCUUGAUUUGGAUACUUUAAUCGCUUUUAUCCGUGGAGCACAGCACGAAAUUGUAUGGAUCAGCGAAAGGGAAGAUAUUGAAAUUUCUAGAAAUUGGUCCGAUAUCAAACAGCUUGAUUUACCGAUGCUGCAGAAUUAUUACAAACAACUUCUUCAUGAAAUCGAACUUCGAGAGACACGUUUCAACGACGUACACAACAAAGGCGCAGCCCUUCUAAAUCAAGGUCAUCCAGCUAUCCAUGUAAUUGAAUUUUAUCUGAAUGCAAUGCAACGAAAGUGGGAUUGGUUGCUAGCACUAUCGAAAUGUCUUGAACAACAUUUGCGCGAUGCACUCAACCUUAAUUCGUUCAUGGAAGAUGCGAAUGCUGCGGAAGAAUGGAUGAUUAAGCACUCUGAAAUGCUGAGGAGGAAAUACAAUAAAAGCGAAUUUUCACUGGAAGAAGGUGAACAAAUGUUGCGCGAAUUGGAUGAAAUCAGUGAAUUAAUCAAAAAAUAUCAUAGUAUUUUGAUGACACUUACCGAACGAAGUUCCCAGAUUUCACCCCUAUGGCAAAGAGGUGAACGAAUUCAAAGACCGAUCUCGGUUGUUGCUUUAGCCGAUUACACCAAUAAAGAUAUUACAAUUAGAGAAGGCGAUGAAUGUAUGUUGACCGAUAAUUCGGAUUUGAUACAUUGGAAUGUUAAUGGCCCAGGUGGUACAGAAGUUUUGGUACCAUCUGUGGUGUUCCGUAUUUUACCGCCAGAUGCUCGCAUUACCACAUAUCUUAAUCGAUUACAUGGAAGUUUGGAGAAGUUACGCCGACUUUGGGGUCAAAAACAUCGAAUGGUACGAUACAACAUGGUGCUAAAUACAAUGGCUCAGAUACGUAACUGGAAUCUGAGUACUUUUGUUUCAAUGACUCCAGAGGAGAGAGAUGCGAUCAUCAAAGCUUUGAAUGAUGAUGCGCACAAACUAUUCUCCGAGUUGGAACAGAACGAUCCGUUGGCGAUGCGACUUAAGGAAGAACUGAAACUAACUAAUGAACAUUUCUACGAUCUCCUAAAUCAGAUGAAUCGUCCCAAGGAGCCCGAAGUUGGAGCUCAGUUUGAUGCGAAAAUUGCGGAGUUGCUUGGUAAACUGGAUAAAGCAUAUCGGAAUCUGAACGAUCGAGUUAUGCAGAACAUUCCAAGAUCACGAGAGGAGCUUGAAAAGCUGACCACUGGACAUAAGGAUUUCGAAGAUGGAUUGCAAGCACUAGAUGUUGAUGUAUCAACUGUGAAUGAGCUUUUUCGGCAAAUUCCUGAACCAACACCAUCACAACGAGCUAGUUUCGAUCAUCUGAGUGAUCGUUGGGAGGAUUUAUGGGAACUGUCAAGGAUGUAUGUUGAACGAUUAAAAUCUUUGGAAGCUGCGCUAAAUGGACUCGUUGAGGUGACUGAUAUUGUACGACAGCAUGAAAUCAUGCUUAGUUCAUUUGAUGAUAUGCCAGCCUCUUUGGAUAAACUGCGAGGCGUUCACUCGCAGUUGCUUGAGUUCAAUAUGGUGCUGCAACAACAACAGACAAUCGUUGAUGCUCUCAAUCGUAAUAUUGCUCUUCUGCGUCAGCACAUUUCACGAACUCGUCAAUCGCCUAAUCAUCCAGAUGUUGAUCGACUGGAAGACGAAGUGCAAACAUCAACUGUUCGGUGGGAAAACGUUUGUUCGCAGGUGGUCGAUCGUUUAAAAACUGCUGAACAUGCUCUGCAAACUCAAAUGAUUUACCGUACCGAAUAUGAAAACGAAAUCAGAUGGCUUGAUAAUGUCGAAGCGACCAUUAAUAGUUUGCGCAAACCUGAAGAACUUCUUCCGGAGCAGUAUCAACAACAAUUGGAUCUACUUAUUGCCGAAUAUUCUCAGUUACAGGAACGUACUGAGGCAGUAGAAAAUGUGAACCGUGAAGGUGGAAAAUUCAUUCGUGAAGCAAAGGGUUACGACAGUCGUAUGGUGCAAUAUAUGGAAAAUGUUAUCAACACUCACGGUCCGGACAUCCGGAAUAGCUUCCAUCGUUCAAAACCACAGCCGAAGAAUGGGGUCCAGCAAGUAACAGAAGAAUUAGAACAUCUAAAUAGGCGAUUUGCUCAGCUAAGCUCACUAAUACUUGAACGUCGCAACAUAAUGCAAGUACUAAUCCAGAAUUGGAAACGAAAAAAACAGGAAGAGGACGAACGAAGACGAGCUGAAGAGGAAGAAAAACGUCGCCAGUUUGAGGCAGCUCGAUUGAAAGCAUUGGAGGAUGCUGAUCGCCUCCGGAAGCAACGUAAAGCUGCUGAGGACGCACGUCGAGCAGCAGAAGAAGCUGAUCGUUUACGCCGUGAACGUGAAGCAGCAGAGGAUGCACGUCGAAGAGCGGAAGAAGCUGAUCGUUUACGCCGUGAACGCGAGGCGGCAGAGGAUGCACGUCGAAGAGCGGAAGAUGAAGCACGGCGAAGAAUGGAGGAGGAUGCUAAACGUAGAGCUGCGGAAGAUGCAGCUAGACGAAAAGCAGAAGAGGAUGCGAGGAGACGAGAAAUGGAAGAUGCGGAGCGGGAAAGGAAAAGAAAAGAAGACAGAGAUCGAAGACGUCGUGAGAAAGAAGAGGAAGAGCGUCGUCGUCGAGACGAUGAAGCAAAAAGAGAACGUGAAAGGAGGAGGUUGGAUGAUGAGCGCCGACGUGCAGAAGACCGUCGUCGGCAGGAGGAGGAUGAGUGGCGUUUACGUGAGGAAGAGAAACGGCGAUAUCGUGAGAAAGAACAAAGACGACCAGAAAUGCCUAACCUGAGUCAUGGCAUGCAACAGGCAAUUGUAUCCGAGGGUGGUGAACUGGAAGAAUUUGAAGAGAGUCGGGAUGUUCCGGAGAGAGCAACAAUAGCCGAGCAUGAAGACGAAAUGCAGAUGUAUCAAGAAGAAACAAUUACCAAGACGCAAUUUUACGAAAUGGAAGGCAUUUUGCACAAGCAAACUGGCGAAAUUUUAACUUUUGUUGAGGCCAUACGCCAAGGACUGCUAGAUUUACAUUCCGGUGGAGGGGAAUUCUACGAUAUUGUUUCGGGUGCUAGAAUUAGUCUGGAGAAAGCUGCGGAAUUAGGAUACAUUGAUGGUGGUUUCCAUGAAGUCCUUAACACUCAUUAUGGUGUACGUCAUCCAGAAACUGGUGAAAGUUUAUCUCUGUUAGAGGCUAUCCAGAUCGGCUUGUAUGAUCCGGAUAUCCGUCAACUGCGAGAUAUUGAAACAGGUGAUAUUCUGCCAAUGUACGAUUGUAUCUCACGAGGAAUAAUAACACUUGACACACAACAUCGACUGGUUAAAAUGGGCGUGUUGAAGCUGCCACCUUUGUCACUAGAAAGUGCUAUUGAACAAGGGGUAGUAAAUAAGGAGACGGGCCACUUUACCGGAAAGUAUACGAGAGAGACAAUGCCACUCAAAGAUGCGCUAUAUAACGGAUAUAUUCAGAUUGGCGGAUGCCAUCCGCAUACGAUGAUUGCUACCAGCCUCUCUGACUGUCUUGAAACGGGCCUAAUUGAUGGGUCCACCGGUGAAUUUGUGGACAAACAUAGUGGCGAAAAAAUUACCUUACGCGAAGCUGUUUCGAAACAGUAUGCACUCCUAAAUUUGCAUGUUCCAGAAAUAGUGAAAACGGAUGAAAAUCGACGUAUAACAUUAGGCGAAGCAAUUGUACGCAAUGCAGUGAACACCCGUCAAGGUAAUUUUAAUGAUUUACUGAAAAGUCAGACUCUUACGCUUCAAGAAGCUUUUUUAAGAGAUCUCAUACAGAAACCUCUGACGCUUACAGAAAUCAGUCAAAAAGACUUGAUCGAUUCAACAAAUAAAUUCAUAGAUGGAGGCACUAAGAGUCGCUUCACAUUGUUAGAAGCAAUUGCUGUUGGUUUAUUGGAUCCGGAUGUACGUCAUAUCGUAGAUCCUGAUGAAAAAGAUGUGAUUUCCAUCGCAGAAGCUUUGGAACGAGGACUGUUGGAACCUGAUGGCAGAAUUAUGCUUCAGAAGCAGCAAAAAGUUUUUUCUGUGAACGAGGCAGUCAGUGACGGGUUACUGAUAAAACGUGUACGACAUUCUAUUUUUAAUGUGAAGGGUAUCAAGAAUACGAAGACAGGAGAAAAUCUAACUUUUAAUGAAGCUGUAGAUCGCGGUGUAAUCAUACUGCAAGCUGAAAGGGUUAUAGACCUUGCUACAAAUGAAAGUUUUCUUAUAACCGAUUGUAUGGACAAAGAUUUAUUAGAUCCUAUGCUUUUUGAGCUCUUAACUACAUUGCUGGGUAUCAGAAAUGGUCCGAAGCAGCAGGAUAUGACGGUGAUUCAUGCUGUAGCAAACGGAUUCAUUGAUCCGCAAAAAGGUAUUUAUGUUGACAAACGGACGAAUAGGGAGCUAUCCCCGAAGCAAGCAUAUGAUGAUGGAUUGUUAACACUUAAAGGAGCCUUGCAGUUGUCGGCGAUGCUUGAUAUCCAUCCUUCUUUGGUAACACCAAUCAAAAAAAUUGAUCAUAAGAGGCGAAUUAGACGGCCGGGUCAAAGAGAAGACACCACUACCAACGAAGUGAAGGUAACACUGGCGGAAGCCAUGAGGCAAGGUUUAGUCGAUUCGCGCACUCAUCGUUUCCGGCAAGGCGAUACUGAGAUGAGUUUCGAAGAAGCAUUAAGUCAGGGGUUAAUUCACCCGUCUGAUGAAUGGAUAGUUCCGUCCAGAGCAGGUGCUGGUCCUACUGUGGAAGAGAAAAUAACCGAAUCUGUGGCUGAAACUGCACAGCAAUUAGCGCCGAAGUUUUAUCCAGAUAAAAAUGUUGAAGAAACUGUUACAACUGUUAGGAAAGUGAGAAAAACAGAAACAACAGCACUGGGAGGUCCAGGCGGUGUGUCUGUUUAUCGUGCAGUAACGGGCAGUAAGGAUUCGUUCGAGAUACCCGCUGAUGGUUAUCAUGUUUUGGAGGCUGAACGUAAAGAUUAUGUUAAUCUUAGGACAGGAACUGUUUCCCUACCAAAUUUGAGUCGUUCACUAACUCUGCAAGAGGCAUUUCAAUUAGGUGUCCUCGACAGUAAAAGCAUUACUGUCGUAGAUCCAUCCAGUGGCAAUCAUAUUCCUAUUAUCGAAGCAAUGAAUAAGAAAACAAUCGAUAAAAACGGUUGUAUGGAACGCGAUGGUCAAAUGAUCAAUUUCGAAACGUUGAUUAAUAACAAGAUAGUGCUGGUGGAGGCUGAGGCACCAGUUGGCUUAGGAAAUUCUAAAAAGAAGGUGAUACAGUUUUCACCAGGUUCUGAGGCAGUCAUAAGUUUUCGUCCAAUUGGGACUCCAACUGUGGAAGAAACAGAGCAGUCUUGGACAUUUGAUUCAGGUAGAGGAGAACUGGUUGAUCAUGUUACUGGAGAGCGGCUUACCCUUGAUGCAGCUCUUGCUUUUGGUAAAAUCAGCCGAGAGGAUCUACGUGUCUUCGAUACUUUGACUGCACGUGAAAUGUCAUUUGAGGAGGCUGAAAAAUGGGGUGUUAUCGAUGAGAAAGAUCAUUAUUAUUUGGAUAAACGGGAAAACAAACGAUAUUCUUUGGCUCAAGCGGCGUUACAGCACCGUGUUUUUCCAACCGGUGGUGUACCAGAAAAUGCUUCUGAUGCAAUUCAUACCACUUAUAAAAUACAAAAGCGAAGUGAAUCAUCGAAAAAGGAAGCAUUAUUUGGUGAGACCGCAGAAUAUGCGGAGCAAACGUUAGUGAAUGCGCUGGAUUCGGAUUGGUACAGUGCGCAGAGCGGUAUGUUUACAGAUCCGCAGACGCAAAAGCAAAUGUCUUUGAAAGAGUCAAUAAUCAAAGGAUUAUUCAAUCCAUAUAGCACAACCGUACUUGAUAAACGUAGAAUGCGUGAACUUUCACUUUUAGAAGCUAUAGAUGAAAACAUUAUUAAUGAUACGGAGGGAACGUUGUUGGAUACAGAAACAGGGAAAUUUAUUGACCUAAAAACAGCGCGUUCGCAGGGUUUUUUAAAAAGCAGAGGUUUGCCCGACAGUCUGGAAGGAGCUUUGGUAUCUGGAAAGCUUGAUUUGUCUACAGGUCGACUGACGACACCAGGUGGAGGUAGUGUUAAAGUUGAGGAUGCGAUUGCAGCUAAACUUAUCGAUAGCCAAAGUAUCAUUUUCCGUGAUCCACUAACAGGUGAAGAAUUGCCUUAUAGCGUAGCGAUUGAGAACAAAGUUAUUGAUCCUGUCAAAGGCAUAGUUUACACGAAAAACAUGACCGAAGUAAUGACCUUUCCUCAGGCUCUUACUAGUGGUGUCUUAACUGGCUAUGGUUCAAGAGCGUAUACUCCACCGAAGCCUCAAUCAGCACGCCUAGUAGAACGGAAACUUCAACUUACUCCUUAUGCGCCAGAACCUGUUAAGAAGUCAGCAGUUGCUGUUAUGGAGCAACGUGCUUUAGGUCCAGGACGUCAGGAGAUAGUUGACUUGGGUGGUGGAAAACAGGUAGUGGUAAAGGUUGUGCGUGGAGAAGGUGGCGUAGAGAGAGGUGAGUACAUUGAUCCUUCAUCUGGAAUGAAAUUUACAAUCCAACUGCAUGGUGAUCCCUACAUGACUGAGGCCAAGACUGUCGUAAAAAGUACCGCACAAGUGCAGUCUAUUCAGUUGGAACCGCAUGCUGAAUUUGUUGGUAUUGAUAAGAUAAGAGAUAAAAGAAAUGGUCGUGUCAUAUCGAACAUUCAAAAUGCUGUCACGAGGGGGGUGGUCGAUGCUCGCGGUGAAAAGUUAAGCUUGGAAGAUGCGGUACGAGCCAAGUUAGUGGAUUUAAAAAGUUUAACUUACCUUAAUCCAAAGACAGGUGAUGCUUUAACACUGGCACAAGCAGCAAAUAUGGGUCUUGUGGAUGUCACCUUGUCGGAAACAUUACCAAAGGGUGUAUCUCAUCCAGCAAAUGGAGAAAGGAUAUCAGUACAAAGAGCCAUAGAACUGGGUAUCAUAAAUCCGAAAACCGGUGAAGUAAAGAAUCCGUUCACGAAUGAGAAAUUAGCCUGGUUAGAUAUCAUGAAACCGGUAUAUACAAGCCUUACAAUGGAAGGAGUGUAUGAUCCAACAAAAGGAUAUGGAGUGCCAGUGUUAACAGCUCUGACCGAAGGUCUUAUUGAUGUGAGUACAGGCCAAUAUUCAAAUAUCAUUACAGCAGAGACAAUAACUCUGAAAGAUGCUUCUAAUAAAGGCUUGAUUGAUACUGAAACUUACAAAGCCAUCACAGAACCUUUUCUGUUGGAUUACCGUACAAAAAGAAAACUUAAUCUGAUUGAAGCCGUUCAGAACAAAUUAGUGGAUCCUCGAAACAAGACUAUUCAAUUUGAUGAACAAAUUAUUAUGCCUGUUUCCCGCGCAACCGCAGAAGGUAAAAUACCACUAUUCAUUGGUGAGAAAUUGAAACGUAUUGAUAAAAUGACAUUCGCGGAAGCGUUAAGCAAAGGUAUGAUUGAUGUUGCGCAAAAUCGAUUUACUGAUUCUGAUUCGGGAAAACAGAUGUCGAUUAAUCAUGCAAUUGAGGAAGGAUACAUUGAUACCGGUAAUGUUGAAGCUCAGGAAGGUUCAGAUGAUCGAAAUCUGGCAAAUAUAUUGUUCACGGAAGAAUUCGACGAGAUUUCCGGGCGAAUAAGGGAUAAAAAAUCGGGUCUCUAUUUGACUUUCAAAUCUGCUGUUGAUCGUGAUGUUAUUGACGGCGAUUCGUUGUUGCACGAUCUGGAAUCCAGCCAUACAAUGACGAUAAAAGAAGCACUGAAUCAGGGACUUAUCGAUUCAGAUGGCAGAUAUAUCCAUACACGUACGGGAGUCAAAAUUACACUUAAGGAUGCCGUAGCAAAAGGUCUGAUCGCCUUGAUUUCAUCUCCUAUGCAAGCUGCUCAAGCGGUCACAGAAGCUGUGAAACGUCGUGAUGCUGAAGGUUAUAGGUUUAAACUGGAUUCAGUGGACGAACGGAAAAUUGGAAGUGGCACACCACGCUAUAGAGAGGAGAUAAUGAUCGGAAAGCUUUCAUCACCUCAUCGUUCUGAACCUGGUCUCUCACGUCGAGUCAGAUCCGUCUCAGAAGCAUCACGAGGAAGUAGAGGAAAGAGCCUGAUUGAUGAUCCUCAAGCUAUGGCUGAUUUACAGCACGAGUUUUUAGAUAAUCUCCGAGGACGUGGUUUUGAUGUUGAAGAAAAAGUCAUCGAACAUCCAGAAGGUAGUUCACGAGUUUCGGUCCGUGAGGCGACGGAAAGUGGCCUGCUAGAUGUUAUCACUGGUGAUAUUGUUCAUCCAGUUAGUGGCCGGCGGUACUCAAUUCCGCGAGCAGUCCAUAUGAAAAUGAUGACUCCUGAUGCAGCCAAACAAAUGAUGGAAACAUUGAAUAUUUCUGUUGAGGAGCUGGGACAAACACCAUUAAUUGAAUCUGUUAGUGUUAGCCCUUCAGAAUCUGGAGUUAAAAUUUACACGAAGACUGUCAGUUGGCGCGGCCAACCAUCUGAAUUACGGCAAACUACUGAUCCACUUGCGCCAUACACAACCUAUACGUCAUCGACAUCAUCCACAACAAUGCGAACUUCCGAUGUGUUCACUCAGUAA